AUGGCCAUGAUAACCAUUGAUAUUGUCUCUGAUAUUGUCUGCAUGUGGUGUUUCAUCGGCAAACGGCGCCUAGACAAAGCCAUCCAGCUGUAUAAACAGACCUACCCUGCCGGUAGCUCCGACACUUUCGUGAUAACUUGGCGGCCGUACUACCUACAGCAUAAUCGAUCUCUGCCCAGCGUGGACAAGAGAGUUCUGGCGGAGCAAAAGCUGGCGCAUAUGACCCCCGAGCAGCGGACGGGUCUGAUGAGCCGAAUGGAGCGGAUCGCACGCGCCGUUGGAAUUCGACUCAAUCAUGACGGGAAAAUUGGGAGGACGAGAGAUGCACAUCGGCUAAUCUUACUGAGUCAGAUUGAGGAGCAGAAGAAGAGUCAAGUGGGUGAACUACAAGACGCAAUGGCGGAGAAGCUUUUCCAAGCGUAUCAUGAGUUGGCGAAGGAUAUAUCAGACCGCGAGGUGUUGCGGGAAAUUGGUCAGAAUGUACUUGGGCUGCAGGCUGCGCAAAUAGAUGCUUGGUUGGAUGACGAGGAGAAUGAGAAGCGAGUGAAUGAUGAGGCCCAGAGGAAUCUCGAGCUGGUGAGCGCGGGGGUGCCGGUGUUUCUGAUCCAGGGAGAGGAGUACCGUGUGGAUGGAGCACAGGAUAUAGAGGACUUUAUGGAUAUAUUCGUGAAGAUUAGAGAGUCCAUCUAG